AUGAAGAAAACUAUGCUGGCGCAGCAGUAUGAUCCCCGCGAUAACAAACUCCACCUCAACGAAGUCCCUAUCCCCUCACCGCGCGAACAUGAGAUCCUUGUCAAGAUGGAGUGCGCGUCUCUGUGCCACACCGACGUAAUGCUAUUUGAACCCAACGGCCAAGGUCUACUCUUCGGAAAGGACCCUGUCACAAUCGGGCAUGAAGGCUCCGGUAGAGUUGUAGCCACCGGCUCUGGAGAAGUCGCCCGCAAGUUCAAGGAAGGGGAGCCCGUGGGAUUUAUUUGUCCAGUCGAUUCCUGCUUCGACUGCCACGCUUGUAGGAAUGUUCACAACUCGUUUUGUAUAACGGGGAAGACGAGGAUGCAGGGGUUUGCUGCGGAUGGGUAUUUUGCUGAGUAUGCGGUGGUGGAUGCUAGGAAUGCGAUUGUGUUGCCCGAGAAUCUUGACCCCAAGUACAGCGCACCACUCUUCUGCGCAGGCAUCACCGCCUACCAUGGUAUCGUCGACUGCGAACUCGCCCCUGGCUCCUGGAUCGCCAUCAUCGGCUGCGGAGGCCUUGGACACAUGGGUAUCCAAUACGCAAAAGCACUGAACUACAAAGUCGUGGCGGUCGACAUUACAGAAGCAGCACUCGAGGAAGCAAAGUCGUGCGGCGCAGACUACGUUUUCAAUUCCGCGACGGACACUGAGUAUACGAAAAAGAUUGUCGAAGUCACAGGUGGAGGCGCUCUCGCAGCUGUGAAUUUCACAGCAUCCAAGAAGUCCUACGACGACUGUCCAGCAAUCCUCAAGCCUGCACAUGGCUUGAUCAUGGUGGUGGGUAUACCGCAACAGCCGCUGCAAUUCAAUGGCCUGGACCUUGCGACUGGGCGAUAUCGUGUGAAGGGGACAAACAACGGAACAUGUUACAAUCUGCGUGAGCCGAUUGAGUUUAGUGCUAAGCAUAAUAUCAUGCCUCAUAUGACGGCGUUCAAGUUUGAGGAGGUUCCUAAGAUGAUUGAGCUGAUGACCUCUCACAAGGCUCAAGGGCGUAUGGGAGUGGUUUUCGAUUGA